AAAGCUGACUCUUCUUCAAACUUUCUAUUUCUUCCAACAAUAACAGUUUUCUCUCUCUCAUUCAUACAAAUAAAAUUAAAAACUUCUCUCUGUUUUCUUGUUUCCUCGGUUAUGCCAUUUUGAUCUUUUUUUCCUCCUUCUGUUAUGUUUCUGGGAAUUUUUUCUUAAACUUGAUUCAAAGGCUUCGUCUCUUAUUGGAGAUAAUCCCAGAGGAAGCAAGUAACAAACCGUUGGAGCUAUGGCUGUUGAAGAGACAGAGAAGAAGAAAAGCAAAGAAAGCAAAGAGCAACAAGAGAUAGAGCUUCACAGGAACGACUUAGGCCUCGAGGAUUCACCAUCAUCGCCAAGAGGUGUUCUUCGAAUCGCAAUUAUGGCCUCAGAUACAGACAACACCAGCAGUAAUUACAGUAGUUGCAGCUCUUGCUCGUCUGAAGAUAAACCAUUCUCAAAUACUCGUAGUAAAAACGUUUCGUCUGCUUCCCAUGGUCUUCCAUGGAACAAAAUGAUUGAAUCCAUCAAGAAGAAGUCCAUUAGACGAUUCACAGUGAUUCCCCUCCUCGCAAGUUACGAGCUCACACGUAAAAACUUGCGGCGUAAGCAACCAAAGUUGUCUCCUUCUGAGAAUGGCUUCUCCUGUGAAGGCUUCUUCAUGGCUAAACCCUCUUGGCGAAACUUCACCUACGAAGAGCUCGCUGCAGCCACCGACGAUUUCGAUCCUGAGAACAUGAUUGGGAAAGGAGGACACGCGGAGGUAUACAGAGGGGUAUUGGCUGAUGGGGAGACUGUGGCGAUCAAGAAGCUGAUGAAUCACGCCAAGGAAGAAGAAGAAAGAGUGAGCGAUUUCCUUUCAGAGCUCGGGAUAAUCGCACAUGUAAACCACCCAAACGCAGCUCGCCUUCGAGGUUUCAGCUGUGAUCGCGGUUUGCAUUUUGUGCUUGAGUACUCUCCUCACGGCAGCCUCGCUUCUAUGCUCUUUGGAUCAGAUGAGUGUCUGGAGUGGAAGAUAAGGUAUAAAGUGGCUCUAGGUAUAGCUGAUGGUCUCAGUUAUCUUCAUAAUGCUUGCCCGAGACGGAUGAUUCACCGUGACAUCAAAGCUUCUAACAUAUUGCUCAGCCGAGAGUACGAAGCUCAGAUUUCUGAUUUUGGACUUGCAAAAUGGCUCCCAGAGAACUGGGCUCAUCAUGUUGUAUUCCCCAUCGAAGGAACAUUCGGAUAUAUGGCUCCGGAAUACUUCAUACACGGCAUCGUUGAUGAGAAGAUCGAUGUGUUUGCCUUUGGGGUAUUGCUUCUAGAGAUCAUAACCAGUCGCCGAGCUGUUGAUACAGCAAGCAGACAGAGCAUUGUUGCAUGGGCAAAGCCUUUCUUGGAGAAGAACAGCGUCGAAGACAUAGUGGAUCCUCGGUUAGGAAAAGAGUUUGAUCAAACAGAGAUGAAACGGGUGAUGCUAACAGCUUCGAUGUGCAUACAUCAUAUAGCCACAAUGCGACCUGACAUGACCACGGUACUGCAGCUGCUGCGUGGAGAAGACAAGCCAUCUGAGCUGCAGAAGAAUCAAGGUGAAAGAGCAGUGAGUGUGAACGCGUGCGAUCUACAAGAUCACACCUCCUCCUCAUAUCUCAACGAACUCAUCCGCCAUAGGAAACUCCUCAUGGAGUGAGUAGAAGCAAUUAAAUCAACUUACUCCCUAAUUACAAAUAGAAAAACAGAACAAAAAAAAAAUGUUUAUUUUCUUUUCUCUGUUUGGCCUUUUUUUUUUUUCCUUUUUCUAGACUUGAGUUUUGCUUGCUCUUCUGCACUGGUUGCCUUUUUUUAUUUCCCCAACCAAACUGUGAAUAUCAUCAACAUGUCUCUCUAUGUUGUUCCUCUUUGAACUUUGUUAAUCAUACAACCAAAAGAGUAGUUGUCAGAUUGUUACAGAGUCCCAAUGUUAAUUUCUAGUUCA